AGUUUAAUAAAACAAAUAAAAAUCUCAUAAAAUGUGUAUGAAAAAUUAUAAAAAUAUAAGAGCUUAAUAAAAUAAAAUAUAAAUUCAAAAACUUAAUAGAAUACUGAGACUUAACAAAUAAGUUUAUCUUUUUUAAAGGAAGCUCAAAAGAAUUAUGUUCAAUGUUGGACCUAAGACCUUUCUUAUGAGCAAUUUGCUUUGCUACACAACCAACUUAUAAGCUAUUUAAUUCUUUUCUUUCUUUCCCAUGUGGGUUUCUUAUCUUUCUUUCUUUACAUCAUUUUUUUUUUUUCAUUUCCCAACAAUUUAAGCAUUAAAAAUUAUUACGUGGGAUUUUAUGGCAUAAGAAUUCUUUUUUUUUUUUCUUUCUUUACAGCAUAAAAAUAUACAUGUGAAUCCACCCCAAUAACCAAAUUCCUUACCAUAAAAAAAACACUUCUCCACAUUCAUUAAACGACAAAAUAAGAAUCCGUUACAUAAUACUAUGCCAUACCCUUCAUAACGUAAACGUAAACAUAAACAAAACUCUUCUCCGACUUUACCUCCUCAAGAUCUUCCAAUCUUUCAUCUAACCUCAAAAUCUUCUCCCCCUGUCUCCUGCAUCUUCAAAUCCCAUCGAAACCUGUAAUAAAAGAAGAAGAAAGAAACCUCUGUUUUGAUCCUGUUUCUGGUCAUGUAUAACCCCAUAUCAUCUUUCUAGUUUCAGGGUAAAUAAGAUCCAUGUAAACCAGAAACUGACACCCUUUUCCUUUUAGUUUCUAUCUUACCCUUUUCACUAUCAGAUUCAAAAAUCUACGAGAUGAGUCGUUUCUUUACGAUCGGGUUAAUAACAGCAUGGUACUCCUCAAAUAUUGGUGUAAUCUUAUUAAACAAGUAUUUGCUCAGCAAUUAUGGAUUCAAGUACCCAAUCUUUCUUACAUUAUGUCACAUGAUGGCUUGUUCGUUGCUUAGUUACGUUGCUAUUUCAUGGCUAAAGAUUAUUCCUUUACAGACUUUAAGGUCAAGAGUUCAGUUCUUGAAGAUUUCUGCUCUUGGGAUCAUUUUUUGUUUGUCUGUUGUUACUGGUAAUGUUUCUCUCAAGUAUCUUCCGGUUUCGUUUAAUCAAGCUAUUGGGGCUACCACUCCUUUUUUCACUGCUGUUUUUGCUUAUUUAAUGACAUUGAAGAGAGAGGGUUGGCUCACUUAUGUAACUCUCAUUCCUGUUGUCACUGGUGUCGUCAUUGCUAGUGGGGGAGAACCAAGUUUUCAUCUCUUUGGAUUUAUAAUGUGUAUUGGUGCUACAGCAGCACGUGCACUCAAAUCAGUGCUUCAAGGCAUUUUGCUAUCUUCUGAAGGGGAAAGACUUCAUUCAAUGAACCUGUUGCUGUACAUGGCUCCAGUAGCUGUUGCAUUCCUUCUUCCUGUAGCAAUUUUUAUGGAAGGAGAUGUGAUUGGGAUCGCAAUUGCCCUUGCCAGGGAUGAUACCAGAUUCAUAUUCUAUCUUACCUUCAAUUCUGCUCUUGCAUAUUUUGUGAAUUUGGCUAAUUUCUUGGUCACUAAACACACCAGUGCAUUGACACUCCAGGUCCUGGGAAAUGCAAAAGGGGCUGUUGCAGUAGUUAUCUCAAUUCUGAUAUUCAGAAAUCCUGUAUCAGUGACUGGGAUGUUAGGAUACUCAGUAACCGUAAUGGGGGUAAUUCUCUACAGUGAAGCCAAGAAAAGGAGCAAAUGAGGCAUCAUGCAGCAUAUUACAGACCCAACCUAUUUUCUUUCAUUUGUUCAUCUGCUAACUUUUCAGCAUCAGUAGCUCUCCACCAAAAUUAAAGAAAUUAAAGCAAGUUCAAGUAAUAGAUGCCAUUACUUUUGUCAAGCUUAGUUUACAUUUUUUUUAUUUUUUUUACUUGCUCAACUGGGGAGGACUUGGUUUAUUUUACUUUCUCAGCUGAUGACACAGGGCAGUUGUCCUGUCUGUUCUUGUAUGAGAGUGUAGCAGAAAAUUUUGCCAUUUUUAGGUUACCUUUAACAGUUUUGAUAUUGUUUCUCCAAGAGAAGCAAUUCUGAUUCGUAGAUGACAGGAAGUUCAGAGAUGAUGAUAA